AAGCUGUUCCUGAUUGGAUUGCACAAGGUAGGGAAGGGAGAUUGGAGAGGAAUUUCUCGCAAAUUUGUCAAGACUCAAACUCCUACUCAGGUCGCCAGUCACGCUCAGAAGUACUUCCUCCGGCGGCUCAAUAUUAAUUGCCGCCGCCGCAGAUCUAGCCUCUUCGACAUAACUACUGAUACGGUCGCUGGGAUUUCCAUGGGAGAAGAGCAACAACAAGAUAAGAGGACCGCCACCACCAACAGCAGCAACUUCCCAGUGAUGUCAAAUCUCACCAUCUCCACUAACAAUUCAGCAGCCGUACUAAAGCCCAUUGAGAUGGAUAACUUAUCAUUAUUAGGAGGAGGAGGAGGACGACGACGACGACGAUGAGGAGAAGGAGCAGGACGAGUCGGUCAUCAAUGCGUUCCUGCUGCAAACCUUAUCCGCCCUGCUGCCCUGGUUCCAUCAUCAUCAUCAUCCCUUACUCGUACCUCGUCAAGGACAAUAUCUGAUGUAGAAUUGAAUCUAAACUCGUCACCUGCUGGUGAUGAUCCGUUGCCAUUGUCACUGAAUUUGUCGUUGCAUUCUAACGAAAGGGGAUCGAGGCGGCCUGGGUUCCAGAUGGUGUCUAGCGAGAGUGGGGAUAGUAGUAUCAGCGUAGCUUGAUGGUGGUGGAGGGCUACAACCUACAAGGGCGGUAUUUUUUGUCGGGAUGAAUAGCUUUGAAAAACUAUAA